GGGUUAGAGGUCGGAAAUUGUGGGUGAACAUGCCAAGGUUUGAUUCUGAGAAGAAGGAAGUUGGGGUAAAAAGAAAAUAUAACGGAAGGAUGGCAAAUGUUCAGAGUAGAAGUUAUGCUGAGGUGGUAAAAGGAUCACAAGAGAAGGAAGUGGCAGGGGAUCAAAGCAUACAGAGAAUGGUUGACCGUGGCAGAGAUAGAAGUACUGUCAAAGAAGCUAAGACGCAUGCAGGGCAUGACUUGCAAAGGAGAUACAGAGACAGAAGCAGCUACGUUGGAAUAGUGCAUUCUGUGGAGAUGGUACGCAACCUACAAGAAAAAUUCUAUAUGGAGGGGUAUUUUUCUUGUCAAAUCCGAGCAAUGGGAGGCAAAAUGGUUCUGUUAUCUAGACAGGAUAAGGAGGAAGUGAAGGAUUUAGUUGAAAUGGCAUCGGAUUGGCUGAGGCAGUGGUUUGAAGAAGUGAGGCCAUGGACACCACAGAUGACAGCAAAAGAGAGAUUUGUGUGGAUAAGGUGUCAAGGAGCACCACUGAAUGUCUGGGGAAGUGAAUUCUUUUCAACCAUGGGUAGUUCAUGGGGCAAAUUUAUCUGCUUGGAUGACAGUACAAGCAAGAAGGUAAGGUUUGACAUUGCUAGAUUUCUGAUUUCUUCUUCAGUUAUGGAGACAAUCAAUGUUACAAGGGAAAUCAAAAUCAAUGGAAGUUUAUUCAAGCUGAAAUUCACAGAGGAGGAAUCCACUAAUUGCUUCUUCUCUGUGAAACAAGAUUUUAUGCCUUCCUUUAGUAGUGAAUCUGAAGAUCAUGAAACAUGGUCCACCGGAACAGAAUCGGAGAUGCAGGACGACGAAGAUGGAAGGAGGAAGGAGAAGGUUUCAGCAGGUUGUUCAACCGAAGAAGAUGAUGACGUAAUAGGACGUAAGAGUGAUGAAGAAAGAAGAAAUGAAGUCCAAUCCAGCAAGAAAGAAGGGGAUUUUGCAGAGACCGUUGGUGACAACCUGGAGAAAAUUCAAAUUUCAAAUGCAAGUGCAAGAAGUAGGCGGACAAAGGACGUGGCUACAGGUCAGACGAUGCAGGCCACUAUUUCGGUAAUUGGAGAAUCAAAAACAGAAGAUUAUACCCACAAAAUGAAGCCCAGUAAUCAAACGGUAACCAGGCCCACUUUGAAGGGAGAAAACCCAAUGGCAAUGGAGUCCACAAAUGUGGAAAUGGCCCAAAAAGAAACUCUAAUAGAGACCCCAAUUACAGUCCAAAACAGAGACAAGUCUGGAGCCGAAAAAUCCGCAGAAGAGAAGGGCGAUGAAGAAGAAGAUGCAUUUUGGAAAGGAAGGUCAGAAGGUGUAGCUCGGUGUAUUCCCAACCCAGAAUUAGAGAGGCUCCGGCGGAAAAAAAAAAGAGGAAGAAAGAAGAAGAUCGCGCAGCAGAUGGAUGAGAGACCAGAACCAAUCUUCAUGCCGAACCAGGAGGGGAAGGUUGCUGGAGAUUCAAUAGGGGACAGUGAGAUAAAUAAUUGCAACAGGGCGUUGAAGAAACAAUGGCAAUCCCAACUUGCAAAGGAGAUAUGGGACUUGGCGACGCAGCUAGGGGCGGUGGCGGAGAAUGACAAUGAGGUGAUUCAACGAAUUGAGGAGAUGGAGGACAAAGAUCGAAGCUCAAAAAGGAGUAUGGUAAACCGAGAGGUUGAAGCCGUUCAAGAAACCAAGAUGGACGCAGUUGAUAGGAAAAUAUGUAGAUCUUUAUGGGGGUCUGAGGAUAUGGAUUGGGUUGCUAAGUCUUCUAAUGGAAUGUCUGGAGGGGAUUUUAACGCUGUAAGGAGGGUUGAGGAAAGAGCAGGUUGUAAGAUGGUGUCCAAUGAAAUGAGGGAGUUUGAUGCUUUCAUCCACAACAGUGAUCUGGUUGAUUUGCCUUUGAUAGAGAGAAAAUAUACCUGGUAUAAUUCAAAUGGGAAGCAAAUGAGUAGGAUUGAUAGAUUUCUGUUUUCAGAAGAAUGGAUAUCAAAGUGGAGCGAUUUGAAACAGUGGGGAUUGAGGAGGAAUGUAUCAGAUCACUGCCCUAUAUUGAUAAAAAAUGAGCAGGUCGACUGGGGUCCAAAACCGUUCAGAUUUUUUGAUGCUUGGCUGGAUCAACCGGGAUGUAAGGAGGUGAUUAAGAGUGCAUGGUGUGACAACGAGGUGGACGGUUGGUAUGGAUUUAAAAUUAAAGAAAAGAUGAAAAGAACAAAGAAGGCACUAAAGGAGUGGAGUGGCAAAACCAACAGGGAGAUGGAUGAAAGAAUAAGGAAUGCAGAGUUAGUGAUCGCUUCUGUUGAUGAGAAAGGAGAGCAGCACCAGUUGUCAGAUAAUGACGUAGAAUUGAGGAGGAAUAGUUUUAUUGAUUUGUGGAAGAAUUUAAAAAUCAAGGAGAGGAUGAGUCAACAAAAAUCAAGAAAGCAGUGGCUGAAGGAAGGUGACGCGAACACAAAAUUCUUUCACAGAAGCAUCAAGGGAAGAUGGAGCAAGAAUGAGAUUAAUAGUGUCCGGAUAAAUGGGGAGCAGUAUACAGGAGUGGAGGUAUUAAAGAGAGAGAUUGCUAAAUACUUCCAAGACUUGUUCACAGAAGAAAAAUGGAGGAGACCAAAGCUAGAUGGAAUAUGCUUUAGGCAAAUCACAAAGGCUGAUAAUGAGCUCCUCACGGCUGCUUUUUCGGAACAGGAAAUUAAAGAAGCAAUAUGGAAUUGUGACCCAUCCAAAUCCCCAGGACUAGACGGAUUCAACUUCAGAUUCAUCAUGUCAAUGUGGGAUGUUAUAAAAGCUGAUAUUGUCCACUUUGUACGGGAGUUCCAACAGCAUGGUAGACUGGUCAAAGGGUCAAAUGCUUCCUUCAUUGUGUUAAUUCCAAAAACCGAAAAUCCACAAGCAAUCGAGGAAUAUAGGCCAAUUUCCUUGAUAGGAGUCACAUACAAAAUCAUUGCAAAGCUUCUAGCAAAUCGUUUGCGGAAGGUGCUGCCCAAGGUGAUUGGGGAGCAGCAGAUGGCUUUUAUUGAAGGAAGGCAUUUAGUGGAUGGAGCAGUGAUUGCAAAUGAGAUUAUUGAUGAAGUUAAGAGGAAAAAGAAGAAGGGAUUUCUAUUUAAAGUCGACUUCGAGAAAGCCUACGACAAGGUAUGCUGGGAAUUCAUAGAAUAUAUGAUGACAAGGAUGGGAUUCUGUGCAACAUGGAGGAAGUGGAUUCAGGAGUGCUUGGAAUCGAGCUCGGUGUCUAUUCUUGUCAAUGGCAGUCCGACGAACCAAUUCCCGGUUAAUAAAGGCAUUCGCCAGGGAGAUCCAUUAUCCCCGUUCUUAUUCUUGAUAGUGGCAGAGGGAUUGAAUGGACUAGUGGCAUCGGCAGUGGAGAAGGGGAGGUACAAAGGAGUGGAAAUUGGGAGCGGAGAUGUAAUGGUCACGCAUCUUCAAUUCGCGGAUGACACUAUCUUCUUUGGAGAUGCAACGGAAGACAACAUUUGGGUGAUCAAAUGUAUUAUGAGGACAUUUGAGUUAGCCCCGGGAUUGAAGAUUAAUUUCAGGAAGAGCCAGUUGAUUGGUGUGGGAGUUGAGCAAAAUUGGUGUGCUAAAAUGGCAUUUCAGCUGUGCUGUAAGGAAGGGAAACUGCCAUUUAGGUAUUUGGGAAUACCAAUCGGAGGGAAUCACAGAAGAAGAGCUAUGUGGCAGCCGAUGGUGGAGUCUGUUAGAAAGAAGCUAGCCAGCUGGAGGGGACGGUAUCUAUCUAUGGGAGGCCGCAUCACACUCAUCAAUUCAGUGCUGUCAAGUCUGCCAGUAUUCUUGAUGUCUAUCUAUGUUAUCCCAAAAGAGGAAGGAGGUUUAGGAGUCAGGGAUUUGAGGAAAUUCAAUUUGGCAUUGAUGGGAAAAUGGUGGGGAAGGCUUGCAGAAAAUGGGGAGGGCAUGUGGAAAAAAAUUAUUGUUGCAAAAUAUGGAAAGGGAGGGGGGCAUUGGCAGGACUGGAUAGAUGAAAGUAGAGGAGUAGGAUCAACUUGGUGGAGGGAUGUGUGUGGUAUAAAUGCAAUGGAUGGGGAAAGCAAUGGAUGGCUAAAAGAGGGAUUCAGGGUUAAGAUCGGGGAGGGUAAUACGGUCAGCUUCUGGUGGGACAAAUGGAGGGGAGAAGAGUGUCUAGCUAAUAUGUUUCCAAGACUGUACUUGUUAGCUACAGAUAAGACAAAGACGUGCAGUGAAAUGGGAAGUAGAACUAACGGUUUGUGGGAGUGGAACUUAACAUGGAGAAGGAAUUUGUUCGAAUGGGAAAAGGAGGAGGCAAUGGAAUUACACAACUCGAUUCAAAAUGUGCAACCGUCACAAGGAUGCAUGGAUAAUUGGGAGUGGAUACACAACAAGGAUGGCCAAUACUCAACAAAGUCAGCGUACUCAAUAUUGACGAAAGAGGGGAGGGAAGCAAUGGAAAUUACAACCUUCUGUAGAAUCUGGAAUUCUGUUUUGCCAAGCAAAAUUUCAGCAUUCAACUGGCAAUUACUACUUGACAGGAUUCCAACUAAAAUGAAUCUGUUGACAAGAGGGAUCAUCAAAGACAAUCAAGACUACAAAUGCGGAUUAUGUGGUGAGGAAGAAGAGGACACAAAGCAUCUGUUUCUAGAGUGUAGUAUGGUUCGAUGGAUAUGGAUGGCUUGUGCAAAAUGGUGGGGUAUUAAUGUUACUUUGGGAGCGGACUGCUGGAAUACCUUUCAAGUGGCUGGAAGAGAACUAAAAAAGAAAUGUAUUAGAGAAGGGUGGGAUUGCAUUUGGAAUUCUCUUGUGUGGACAGUGUGGCUGGCUCGAAAUCAAAAAACAUUCCAAGGCAAAGAGAUUAACAGGGAGAAGCUGCCGGAACUCAUCCAAUUAAAGUCGUUCCAUUGGAUCACAGCAAAAAAAGAAAGGUACGCCGUCACUUUAACGGAUUGGUUUCUUAACCCAGUGGCAUGCUUGGAAGAUGGCCUUAGGAAAAGAAGGGUGCUGUGUAAUGGGGGCUCAUGUAGGCUUAUUGAGCAAUCAUUGACUGUAGUGGAUCUCAGCUAUAGUCAAUGCUUGAUCAAUGGCUUGUGGGUCAGUGGGUGUGUCGGGUGUGGUAGUGGUUUAGGUACUGCUACAAGUGACUUUAUUGGAUAUGCUCCUUCUAAAAUAGAUGAUCUUGCUUGGGCCCAUUGUUUGAUUAUCCUAGGCAAGAUGAAUCAAACAAAGUGCCUAUAUUGUGAUAAGCUCAUACAACGGGGUGGAAUUGCUCAAUUGAAAGAGCACCUUGCCGGAGUCAAAGGCAAUGUUGGUGCUUGCCAAAAAGUUUCAACAGAUGUGAAGUGGCUAAUGCAACAUUUGUUAAGUGAGAUAAGGAAAGGGAAAGAAAAGAGAAAGAGACUUAGGGAUAUGGUUGGGAGUCAAUGUGGUUCACAAAUGUUUGUUAAUGAAGAUGAUGAAAUUGAAGAGAGCCAUCAAUCUCAAUCACAUGUAGCACAACAGAAAAAGAAUAUUAAUUCAUAUUUUGCACCAAGGACAACUCAUGGAGCCCAAAACACUAUAAAAAACACUUUGCAAUCAAGAGAAAAACAAGAAGCUGCUAGGAUGGCUUUUGCUAGAUGGUGGUAUGAUGCUAAUGUGACUUUCCGUGCUACACAUUCAAAAUACUGUUUGCUAAUGUGGGAUGUUAUCACAUCUAUGGGACUUGGUUUCAAGGGAUCAAGUUACCAUGAUUUGAGGGGUCCUUUCCUAAAAUGUGCAGUAAAGGAGGUUAAUGAAUGGCUCUUAUCCUUGAAGUCAACAUGGAGUACUAAUGGCUGCUCAAUUAUGGCUGAUGGAUGGAUAAAUCAAAGACAUCAACCAAUAAUCAAUUUCCUUGUUUAUUGUCUUAAAGGAGGUAUGUUUUUGAAGUCUGUUGACACUUUUGGUUUGACAAAGGAUGCUGAAACAUUGGAGAGGAUGUUCGAUGAAGUGGUGAAAGAAGUAGGAGUGGAAAAUGUUGUACAAUUUAUAUCAGACAAUGAUGCCUCAUUCAAAGUUGCUGGGAAAAGGAGCAAAAAUGCAAUGGAUCCUCUUAGUCUUGAAAAUAUUGACAUAUUAGCUGGUUGGGUGGCUGAGGAACCAGCUCUUCUCGAUAAAAAUGAUUAUGAUGUGGAUUGGGCAGCUAUUGAUGAGAUUUUGCCAAAUCAAAACCUUGAUGAUAUUGAUAGUGUUGUUUAUGAUGAGGAAGAUGUCCCAAAUCUUUUCUCUGAAGUCAAAAUUCCGGGAGCGAACUUGUAUUCUUUAAUAUUCCGACGUGGGAGUAGUAGACGCGAGGAUCGCCCCGUCGAUGCUGUCAUCGGACUUCGCCAAUUUGGCGUCGGAGGCCGAGCGCAUGCUCAACUGUGGCGCCGAUUGGCUCCACAUGGACAUCAUGGAUGGGUAGGUUUGAUGCUUUGCUACUCAUAUCGUCUCGGCUUUGAGUGAACCUCAUGCAAAUCUCUGCUUUAAGCCUGUUUCUUCUACAUGGUUAUUAGGGAUACGUUCUUUUUAAUCUCUUUUUAAGUACCUUAAAGAUUUGUUAUUUG